GCCUGAAAUAUAAACAAAAUUAUAAUCAAAAUCUCUUUUUCUAAAGACAUUAUACCUCAAAUGAACAUUCAGAAGGAAGGAAGGAAUUGGUAACACUGGAGAGGAACUGAAAGGAUAGUACAUAACUGGUUUUCUGAACAACAACAAUGGAAGAUGGAAUAGUUGAACUACUAGUAGAGUAGAGAAUAUGUCUCAAUGUUUGUAUGUGUUACAUAUGUGUCCAUCGGUGUUGUUAUCUCUGGUAUCGGUAUUAUUGAUGGAAAAACAUAAGUGCCGUGAAAAUGGCCAAUAAGAAGCAAGUGCCUACUAAUUAAGACUGAAAUACAGCUCUAAAUUAUUAUAUGAUAUAAUUAAAUAUAAUAUAAUAUUAUAUUUGAUAAAAUGCGAAUUGAAAUAGCUUAAUCAUGAAGAUAAGAUUCAAAAGAGCCCUUACCAUUGCGGCAUUCUUCCUAGUAUUAUUGAUAAUUUUCAUGAUCUAUUCUUUUAAAGAUUUCACAGAUCUUUAUACUAGCAGCAACUCUUCAAUCACUGAAGAUUUUGAGCAGAACAAGUGGUUACAUUUCGAAAAUCGUAUUAGACAGCUAGAAAAUGGACUCAAUAAACACCAUGAAGCAGUUAAUCAAAUUAAAAUUGCCAUGAAAAAUUUGUAUAAUGCUACAUCAGUUCCAAAUGUGAAUAAGUCACCAAAUAAUGAUGACAUCGUAAUAGCACAACCUGUUCGAAAACUCAUUUAUAAGUCUGAAAUGCUCUAUGAUUCACACUGUCCAUUCAAAAUCAAUGUAGCUCCUCUUUCGGAUAUCAAUAUGCUAGAUAUAUAUGAUAGAAUUGGUUUUGAGAAUAAAGAUGGGGGUGUUUGGAAGCAAGGAUGGAAAAUAGAGGUGGAUGAAAUGGACUGGAAUAGAAAUAAUAUACUCAAGGUUUUUGUCGUGCCUCAUUCUCAUAAUGAUCCCGGAUGGAUCAAAACAUUUGAAGAAUACUACAUAUCACAGACGAAACAUAUUUUAAAUAAUAUGCUGAACAAGUUACCUGAAGAUCCACGAAGAAAAUUCAUAUGGGCAGAAAUAUCUUUUUUUGCUAUGUGGUGGGAAGAUCUUAGUGAAGAUGAACAGAGCCAAGUAAGAAAUUUAGUGAAAAAUGGCCAACUUGAAAUUGUAUCAGGUGGAUGGGUAAUGAAUGAUGAGGCAAAUUCCCAUUGGAUAUCAAUUAUACAUCAAUAUACAGACGGACAUCAAUGGCUGCAGCAAAAUCUCAAUUACACACCAAAAAGCAGUUGGUCUAUAGAUCCAUUUGGAAUGAGUGUUACCCAGGCAUCCCUACUUAAAAAAAUGGGUUUUCAUAACAUGUUAAUACAAAGGGUUCAUUACUCAGUUAAAAAAUAUUUGGCCAGCAUGAAACAAUUGGAAUUCAGGUGGAGGCAGAUGUGGGAUCAUCAAGGAAAUACGGACAUGUUCACUCAUAUGAUGCCUUUUUACUCCUACGAUGUACCCCAUACUUGCGGCCCAGAUCCUAAAAUAUGUUGUCAAUUUGAUUUCAAAAGAUUACCAGGACAUGGAUUGCACUGCCCAUGGAAAAUAGCUCCGCAGCCUAUCACAGAUACAAAUGUUGCAAUGAAAGCUAAUCUUCUAUUGGAUCAGUACAGGAAAAAAUCGAAACUUUUCAAGACUAAUGUUGUGUUGGCUCCUUUGGGAGAUGAUUUUCGUUACGAUCACUCAACAGAAUGGGAUGUCCAGUAUAAUAAUUAUCAGAAAUUAUUUGAAUACAUGAAUUCUAACCCAGAUCUACAUGUCAAGGCCCAAUUUGGGACCCUGUCAGACUAUUUCAAUGCUGUUUUGAAAGAGUUGAAGUUGUCAGAUUUUCCUGUUCUCACUGGAGAUUUUUUCACUUACUCAGACAGGGAUGACCACUAUUGGAGCGGUUAUUAUACGUCUAGACCGUUCUAUAAAAGAAUGGACCGAGUAUUAUUACAUUACUUGAGAACAGCUGAAAUCAUUCUCUGUCUGAAAUAUCUCAAAAACGAUUUAACAACUGAAAAAGACACUGAAUUUGAGAGAAUGCUGCAAGAAGCCAGAAGAUCUCAUUCAUUGUUCCAGCAUCAUGAUGGCAUAACAGGAACGGCAAAGGAUUUAGUUGUGAAGGAUUAUGCAGUUAAAAUGUUAGAUGCUAUACACAGUUGUCAGAAGAUUAUUCAAUAUUAUACUCAUAAGCUUCUUUUGAAGCCUGAUAUAACCGAGUUCAACCAAGAAGAAAUUUAUUAUAAUAUUGAUGAUAUUAGACAUACAUGGAAUGAAUUAGAGGAACGUUAUUCAAUAGUUAUUGGUCCGGAAAUGAGGACGAAGAAAAUUGUUAUUUACAAUUCCUUAACUUUCACUAGAAUUGAAGUAAUUACGCUUAUCGUCUCAACACCCACUGUUGAAGUAAUUGACUCUAAUGGAAAACGAAUUCAGUGUCAGGUUUCACCAGUCUUUGAAUAUGGCUCAACAAUAUCACAGACAAAGUAUCAUCUUUCCUUCAUUGCUACAGUUCCUGCGUUUUCGUUAAUUAGUUAUACUAUCAACGCCUUGUGGAGGCAUGAACUAACUGAACAAACCGUUCUUGCUUCUAUAAAAAUUUAUAAUCAGUAUACUGAUAAACAUAGAGGAUUCAGUGCAUUUCCCUCAUUUGAAGUUUUCCCUACACCUAGGGAAUUUACUUUGCAUAAUUCAAGAGUAACAGCAUCCUUCAAUAACUUCGGACUUUUGAAGGCUCUGAAAGCGGGAGUGAACACUAUUCCUGUGCAUCUAGAUUUUGCAAAGUACGGUGUGAAACAUAUUCAAGAGACUAGUGGAGCGUAUCUGUUCAUGCCUGAUGGAGAUGCUCUUCCAAUAAAAAUCGACAAUGUAAUUGUAAAUGUAGUAGAGGGACCAAUCGUAUCAUUCGUUAUUUUGCAGUUGCCUUAUGUUCACCAUACUGUAAGACUGUAUAAUACUCCUGGUGCAGAUAGUUUGGGCUUAGAGAUAGAGAAUGUUGUAGAUAUCACGAAGGUUAUCAAUUUCGAAAUUGCUAUGCGAUUGUCCACCAAUAUCAACAGCACCGACAAAUUUUUCACGGAUGACAACGGUUUUCAGAUAAUCAAGAGAAAGAGGCUUGCAAAGUUGCCCCUUCAAGCAAACUACUACCCAAUGCCCACAAUGGCAUAUAUAGAAGAUGAGAAUACAAGACUCACAGUGGUUACAGGAAGUCCCUUAGGGUGCAGCUCUUUGAAAGCAGGACAAAUGGAAAUUAUGUUGGACAGAAGAUUGAAACAAGACGAUAAUUUGGGUUUGGGUCAGGGAGUGUUGGAUAAUGUACCCGUCAGACAAGUUUUUAGAGUUUUAUUGGAACGAAAAACGCAUCCUUGCCAGUCAUCGGCAAACAAUCAACCUGCAGGUUUCCCAACAUUAUCUAGUUAUGUAACCAUGCAGUCCCUUCUCAAUCCUAUGGUGAAACUUCUCAGAACAAACGAUGAAGAUACUACGACGAUGGGUUCUUAUGUUCCGACUGAAUCCGAGCCAGGGGUUGAUUUUUCCUUUCCUAUUUUCCGUACCAACGUUUAUUUCAAAGGGAAAGAAUAUUUAGGUUUGACAAUACACAGACAGUAUCUGGAUGUUUGUUUUUCAGACAGGGUGCUCCUGAAACAAUUCCCUCUCAGUGACGGUUCAAUACGAAUUGCCGAUAUAUUACCAGGAUUGUCUUCUGCUCGUAUGUAUAACACCUCCCUCACUUAUUUAUGGAAAAAGGGUGAAUUGGAUAUAAAAAAUAGUAUAUCGUUAUGUCCUAUGAAUCUUCAGACACUCCUCAUUCAAAAUUGAAAUGGGUUAAUAGUUGUUACUACAAAUAUAAAAAAGCUAUAAUGAUUUAUUCUAUACGUUAGCUAAAAUGCUCGUCCAAUUAAUUCCUAAAUGAAUAUAAUUCACACUAUAAAUAAUUUUGAAUAUUCAAUAUUUGGAAUUAACUGUUAAUCAAUUAUUGACACUUGUGAUAAAUACUGGAUAUUAUAUCAAACUUUUAUUUUUAUGUAGUAAUUACUGAUGACAUAAUCAAUAAAAACUUCACUACGAUACAGCUGAUAUGAAAAAAAUUAUAGAGUAAUAAGUUCCACCAUAGUGUGCUGAUUUCUGAGAUUAAUAUAAUAUAUAAUUUUUUUAUCUAAGUUAGAACUUUUAGCAAGUUUUAUUUUUACUCAUGAAUAAAUAAACGAAGUAGCCUUAAAUAAUAGAGAUUGAAGAAGUCUUAUUAUUGUAUUUAAUUUAUUAUAUUCAACUCUUCUCCAAGUCUCCAGUAGCUCAGAUCUCAUGCAGCUUAGCAGGACACUACUUGAAAAUGUAUCUUUUUUUAUAAAUUAAUAUUCUAUUACCUUUAUUGACUUUACGUCUUCAUGUUAUUGAAUACAGGAAUAAUUUGAUUUAGUGUCUUAGUUUACUUUUUUAAAUGUUGUUAUGUUUUUUAUUGAUGUUAAUUAUCUGAGAUUAUUUCAUAUAGAAUCAGUUUCCCUAUAUGAUUUCCUUUUCUUGUUUCUCUAUGGCUGUAAAUAUAGGAUAUGAACUUUUUAUUUUUUGUCUUAUCCUUUUUUUCUUACUGAACAAUGAUUUUUCUGGCAUUCCCCUUUAUAUAGUUGUAGAGUUUGAUUGUUUUAUAUAUAUUUGGUUUAUAUCAGAUAGUACACUCAGCCUGAAUAUAUUUGAUAUAAUUCUUUAUCAAUACAUAUAAAUAUUUUGAAAAAAUCUAACAACUUUACUAAUUUUUGUUUCUAGGAAGUCCAAGUGUACUUACUAUAUAUUAAUGAAAUUUUAAUCACGAUGCUUUGAAAAAAUCAUUUGUUGCUUGGAAAAUAUAAACUUUGGAUAAUUUCAAUAUAAUAAAAAAUUUUUUUUACAAAUUUUGGGAUUUCUUAACCAGAAAGAAGGAUUUCAUGAUGUGAAUGUAAAAUUUGAUAUUUUUACAACCGUUUUGUGAGGAAAAAAUUUAAAACUAUCAAAAUGGAAUAAGAGUUUGGUUCCACAUGAGAAACUUGUCUUCUUGAUGGUUGAGCAAUUAUCUCCUAAAAUUUGGCUGUCUACUUGUAUUCACACUGUAUAACUGAUGGAAAUGACAAAAUGAAAUUGCUUCUAAAUGUACACAAUGUAAAUAUCAAAAAUUUUGUAGGACGAUGUAGUUUGUAUAACUUUUUUUAAGUGAUUGCUUAGAUCAUAUUUGGUCAAUUUUGUAAAGUGAAUUAAAAAAAAUACAUAUUAAGAAUAAGAUCUUGAAAACUGCUUGUAACACAAUUUUUAAAUUGCACUCAAUUUUGUCAGAAUUAUUGAGUUGAUUCAUUAAAUCCUAUUUGAGCUUA